UCUUGUUGGGACUUUAAAUACGGUGUGACGCUCUACUCCGGUACAUUUAAAUGAGAACAGCGUUGCGCAACUCCAUAGAAACAAGAGGGCAAACGCAACCCCAACUAUUUAAGGACACUCUAAAUCCUGCAAUUUAUUUACACCUCUUGUUGAAUUUGGGGGAAACAAUGUCAAACGUCCUGCUAUUAAGCAGCGCCGCGGAGAGGUUGUCCACACCGAUGACCUUUCCUCUCCACGCACGCACGGGCGUCUGUCGUAAUCUUUUUGGACCGGUGGAUCACGACGAACUGAACCGGGAAAUGAAAUCCAAGAUGCGGGAUAUUUCGUAUAGGGACCAGCGGAAAUGGAACUUUAAUUUCGAGGCCGAAGUGCCACUGUCUGGGGACUAUGUGUGGGAGGAAACCCCGGUGGAUAUGAGCCCUGUUUUCUACCAGGACCCUGUACAGGUCGGGAGGGCGAGGAUUGUUGUAACACCGGUCAAUGUGAAGCCAGACGUUGACGUUCUCCUACUGGACUCCUCUUCUCAGGGUGAAUCGCCUCAUUGUGUUGACCGCUUGACCAGCUCCAAAGGUAACACUCCAUGCCUCACCGAAGUCAACCAGGAGAACUGCGCAGUGAAGCUGAACUCGGGGAAGCCUACUCGCAAACAACUCCCGCGUGUUCGAUGCAAAAUAACUACUGAUACGACGACACUUGCUACAGACUUUUACAUGAAACGAAAACGGAUGACGACCGAAACGAAGCUAAAUGAAAGCACUUGCCACCACCCUUCGUCUCAAUGUCACGUAGAACAAACUCAACGCAAGAAAAUUCGUUGAAGGCGUUUGAACAAUCCUUUCCCCUGUAACCCUACCUUCCAACUUGAAGACAAGACUGAAAACAAGGGAAGGAGAACACUCCUGCUCGACCAUUCAUUGGCUUGGUGUGUGAGUGGACCUACAGUAUAUAGAAAGUAGCCGACACUCCAUGGGGUCUCAAGAUUGAAUGGUCGGGAAGAGAGAAUUCGGGAAGAGAGAAUUCGCAGAAAGACUCAAACAAAAUGUAGCAUUCAUGGUUGCUUUGCAUAAAGCCACUUGACAGUGUUAAAUGUGCAAUCCUAAACUAUUUUAAAUUGUCUACACUGGCCAAAGUGUUCAGCUUUAUAAAUACAGAUUUCUGUUAAGUAUAUCAGGGUUGUUUAAAUAUAGGCUAUAUUUCAAGACUAUUCUAACUUAUAAUUUAUUUAUGUUUCUUUAUAUUUGCAAAUACCUUUUCGAUUUAGCCAAAGGGCAACUUUUUAUUUACAAUGUUUUUUUGGUGAUGUUUUGCAACCAUGUAGCUUUUUAUAGUACAUUUACAAAGUAGAUUUCAUAGUGCUUCUGAGAUUUUUUUCCCCCCCUGAUUUUCUGUUCAGCAAAAGAUGAAAAUAAAGUAUUUUUGGUUCAAAUGUAACAAUUUAGUUUUUAUCACCUCAGAAUAUUUUACGGGAAGGGUCAGUUUUAGAGUGUGAUUUAUCCCACCUGUUUGUAAAGUGGUAGCGGCUUACAGCCGCAUAGACACUCAUUCCAUAGUCUACAUCACCUCAUAGCUCGGCCAACAUCUGUUGGAACCAGACACAACAAGAAAAACACGAUUUGCGCCGCCCGCUCUGUUUUGCCAUCAAAUAGCCUACCCCUUUCCCUGAGAUAAAGUCAUAGCAUUUCUGAAUACAAACUCAUCUGGCAAGAGAAUCAUGGACAUUAAAUCAAGCAAGCAUAGGCCAAGACUAUUAACGAUACAAUUGAAUCUAAAUACAAAGCCCCACAGCCUAAUGAUGUUCCUCAUAUAACAUUCUUCAAGGUCAACUUUGUUAUUGCUGGAUGCUAAAAAAAAGUUGUCCUUGCUUUUUGAUGAAAUAACUAGAAUACGAAAAAAGAAAGAUAAGGCAGAAAAGUACAAGCUUAGUUGGAUUGCAAUGGGAUGGUGCAUUCAAAUAUGCAGCCAUGGGCAGCUGCGGGAUAUAGUCUAAUUUAAAGGCCCGUUCGCUUCUAAAGAACGGCAGCAGCUGCCUUUGGAACCCGCAUUGUCCACACGGACACUCCCACAUUCACCCGCACUCAACAACUCGUCUAAAGAACCUCUCACCCACACUGUUUACUCCAACGUGCCACACCACCUCGGCCGUGGAGGCUACCUGCCCGAAUAAGAGAGCAAUAAGAAAAAAAUACUCGUCUUUGUAAUUGUCCUGGUCCAUUGAAACAAACCAUUCAGUUUGUCAUACUUACAAGUGUACCCUUAAUUGAAAGAAAGCAAGCCACGCACUCAGCAUGCUAGACGCAUAGGCCUAUACCCCCUUCAUAAUGCUGACAAAGUCCCUAUCAGUGGUUUAGCCAAUAGUUUGAAAAUGUGAAGACUUUUGAUGGCAAGAAUGACUUUGCCAGUUCCAAGCACACACGUGUACCUCGGACGGCCUUGCUCUAAUUUCCAACACAAAGAGCUCCCCAUCUCCAUUCUUUCCUUUUUGUUGCCAUAUGGCAAAUCCAUGUACACAUAGCCAAGACCAAUUAAUUCAGCCACAUAAUGUCCAGCAUUGGACAACAAAAGACAUGUUUCCCUCUAUUCAUACAAACAGCUGAAAAAAAAUAUAUUUAAACUAUUGUGAUAUCCAGCUAAUUGCAGCCCAUAUGUCCACAGGGAGCAGCGGGGUUGAUCAAUAAACUUUUAAAUGCUCGUUACUUUACAUGUUGAAGAUGACAGAUGUUCACAUGUAACUUUAAUGAGGUCCAUUCUAUGUUAAAGAUGUUCAGGCCCAAUUCCUUGAGAGUUUUAAGGGUAAUCCUUCUCUCGUGUCAGUAAGCUAUUUGAAUUUCAACAAUUGUAAUUUAGCCUAUGGUCUUUUUUUUGUUCCUUGAAAGUGCUAUUAUUUUACUUAACCAAUGCAGUGAAUCGUCUUUAAUAUUGUUUUAAGGUCUAAAACUGAGCAAAGAGUGUUUAUAUAUUGCCUAUGUAUACCCCGUCUAAUAACUUAUGCCUAAAUACAUGGAACAUACUAAACUCAGCAAAAAAAAGUAAUGUCCCUUUUUCAGGACCCUGUCUUUCAAAGAUAAUUAGUAAAAAUCCAAAUAACUUCACAUAUCUUCCUUGUAAAGGGUUUAAAAACUGUUUCCCAUGCUUGUUCAAUGAACCAUAAACAAUUAAUGAACAUGCACCUGUGGAACGGUCGUUAAGACACUAACAGCUUACAGACGGUAGGCAAUUAAGGUCACAGUUAUGAAAACUUAGGACACUAAGAGGCCUUUCUACUGACUCUGAAAAACACCAAAAGACAGAUGCCCAGUGCCCCUGCUCAUCUGCGUGAACUUGCCUUGCUGCAAGGAGGCAUGAUGACUGCAGAUGUGGCCAGGGCAAUAAAUUGCAAUGUCUGUACUGUGAGACGCCUAAGACAGCGCUACAGGGAGACAGGACGGACAGCUGAUCGUCCUUGCAGUGGCAAACCACAUGUAACAACACCCGCACAGGAUCGGUACAUCCGAACAUCACACCUGCGGGACAGGUACAGGAUGGCAACAACUGCCAGAGUUACACCAGGAAUGCACAAUCCCUCCAUCAGUGCUCAGACUGUCCGCAAUAGGCUGAGAGAGGCUGGACUGAGGGCUUGUAGGCCUGUUGUAAGGCAGGUCCUCACCAGACAUCACCGGCAACAACGUCGCCUAUGGGCACAAACCCACCGUCGCUGGACCAGACAGGACUGCCAAAAAGUGCUCUUCACUGACGAGUCGCGGUUUUGUCUCACCAGGGGUGAUGGUCGGAUUCGCGUUUAUCGCCGAAGGAAUGAGCGUUACACCGGGGCCUGUACUCUGGAGCGGGAUCGAUUUGGAGGUGGAGGGUCCGUCAUGGUCUGGGGCAGUGUGUCACAGCAUCAUCGGACUGAGCUUGUUGUCAUUGCAGGCAAUCUCGACGCUGUGCGUUAGAGGGAAGACAUCCUCCUCCCUCAUGUGGUACCCUUCCUGCAGGCUCAUCCUGACAUGACCCUCCAGCAUGACAAUGCCACCAGCCAUACUGCUCGUUCUGUGCGUGAUUUCCUGCAAGACAGGAAUGUCAGUAUUCUGCCAUGGCCAGCGAAGAGACCGGAUCUCAAUCCCAUUGAGCACGUCUGGGACCUGUUGGAUCGGAGGGUGAGGGCUAGGGCCAUUCCCACCCAGAAAUGUCCAGGAUUGCAGGUGUCUUGGUAGAAGAGUGGGGUAACAUCUCACAGCAAGAACUGGCAAAUCUGGUGCAGUCCAUGAGGAGGAGAUGCACUGCAGUACUUAAUGCAGCUGGUGGCCACACCAGAUAAUGACUGUUACUUUUGAUUUUGACCCCCCCCUUUGUUCAGGGACACAUUAUUCAAUUUGUGUUAGUCACAUGUCUAUGGAACUUGUUCAGUUUCUGUCGCAGUUGUUGAAUCUUGUUAUGUUCAUACAAAUAUUUACACAUGUUAGGUUUGCUGAAAAUAAACUCAGUUGACAGUG